AGCAGAUCUUCCGAUGCAUUGUAACGGUGUUGAAGAACAUAAACUCUUAAAACACAAUGCCUCGACAUCUGUAAUGGCUUGUUGACUUUCGGAUGUGAUUUCUGUGGGAUAAACGAUUGUCAGGAUCCCGAAAACAGAGAUGUAGUCUGUGUUCUGGUCUGAAGACUCUGAGGUCUCACUAUGCUGCUUUAUCUGCUGCCGGCCUUCUUACUAACACACACUAAUGGCCAGAUAGACCCAGCUCACUGUCGGUAUCCUCUCGGCAUGGAGGACGGCAGGAUCAAAAAUGAUGACAUUACAGCCUCCAGCCAGUGGUACGACAGCACAGGCCCUCAAUACGCAAGGUUGAACCGUGAGGAGGGAGAAGGCGCCUGGUGUGCUGCUGGUCAACUGCAGCCCUCAGAUGUUCAGUAUCUUCAGAUUGACCUUCGUCAGCUCAUCUUCCUCACCGUUGUUGCUACACAGGGCCGCUACGCUCGCAAUUCUGGUAUCGAAUUUGCACGCAAAUACCGUCUGGAGUACAGCAGAGAUGGACACCGCUGGAUCUCCUGGAGAAACCGCUUCGGCAAUGAGAUUAUAAUGGGCAAUGUGAACACCUAUGACACUGUGGUGCGAGAUCUCCAUCCUCCCAUCAUCACUCGAUUCCUGCGCUUGAUUCCUGUCACUGACGCCGUUCACACUGUGUGUAUGAGAGUGGAGCUGUUUGGGUGCGCCUGGCAGGAUGGCUUGAUGGCGUACAGCUCUCCGGAGGGUCAAAUCAUGAUGGCUCCUGGAUUUCCCAUUACAUCCCUCAAUGACUCCACAUAUGACGGACCCCUGGAGCGCAGGAAGUUGUCGGGGGGUCUGGGUCAGCUGGCCGAUGGGGUGGUUGGUCUGGACGAUUUUGUGGAGAGUAGGCAGUACCGACUGUGGCCCGGAUACGACUAUGUGGGCUGGAGGAACGACGGCUUGGGCCCUGGAUAUGUGGAGAUGGAGUUCCAGUUUGACAGACAACGAAACUUCACUUCCAUGAAGGUUCACAGUAAUAACAUGUUCUCUCUGGGUGUGAAGAUCUUCUCGUCUGUGUCCUGCGUAUUCAAGCUGCACCGCAUUUCUGAAUGGGAGUCCGAACCGGUGGAGUUUCACACAGUUAUAGAUGACAGGAAUCCGAGCGCUCGAUAUGUGACCGUCCCGUUAAAGCACAGAUCGGCUACGGCUCUGCGCUGCCGCUUCUACUUUGCGGACACUUGGAUGAUGUUCAGCGAGAUCUCCUUUCAGUCUGCAACUAAUGUGCUUCCUACCCAGAAACCUCCAGUUUUGACGCCUCCUUCAUAUGAAGCUAACAGCGAAGUACCAGAAACUACACAAAAAACAGAGGACUGGACGACACCAACAAAGACGGCCUCUCCUGAAGAGGGCAAUCCCUCCAUUCUGAUUGGCUGUCUGGUGACUAUUAUUCUGCUGCUGGUGGUGAUCAUCUUCCUCAUUCUGUGGUGCCAGUAUGUGUGCAAAGUCCUGGAGAAGGCUCCAAGGCGUAUUUUGGAAGAGGAGGUGGCUGUUCGUUUGUCCUCCAGCAGUGACACUAUUAUCCUGCAGACUCCUCCAGUGCCUCCGCGAGUCUCCAUUGACCCUCCGUAUGAGAGGAUCUUCCUGCUGGACCCCCAGUAUCAGGACCCCGCUGCGCUCAGGAACAAACUUCCAGAGCUUUCUCAAAGUGCAGAGGCUUCAGCCUGUAGUGGAGGAUAUGCCGAGCCGGAUGUGACACUCUGCACCCCUCACCAGUGUUUUCAGAGCAGCGCACCGCACUAUGCAGAAACAGACAUCAUCAGUCUGCAGGGCGUCACCGGCAGCAACAUGUACUCGGUCCCAGCGCUCACUGUCGACUCCUUGACCCGGAAGGACAUCUCUGUGGCUGAGUUCCCCCGACAGAGACUGCUGUUUAGAGAGAAACUGGGAGAGGGACAGUUUGGAGAGGUGCAUCUGUGUGAGGCAGAGGGAUUAGCAGAGUUUUUGGGUGAAGGUGCCCCGUUACCGGAGCAGGACGGCAGGCCAGUGCUGGUAGCAGUAAAACAGCUCCGAGCAGAUGCCACCAGCAACGCCAGGAAUGAUUUCCUGAAGGAGAUAAAGAUCAUGUCUCGUCUGAAUAACCCAAACAUCAUUCAGCUGCUGUGUGUUUGCGUAAGCUCGGACCCGCUCUGCAUGGUGACCGAAUACAUGGAGAACGGAGACCUCAACAUGUUCCUGUCCCAGAGAGAGAUCGAGAGCACGCUCACACACGCCAACAACAUUCCCUCCGUCAGCAUAGCUGACCUGUUGCACAUGUCGGUUCAGAUCUCGUCUGGGAUGAAGUAUUUGGCUUCUCUGAACUUUGUGCAUCGUGAUCUGGCCACACGUAACUGCCUGCUGGACCGUCACCUCACCAUUAAGAUCUCUGACUUCGGCAUGAGCAGAAACCUGUAUAGCAGUGAUUACUACCGUAUACAGGGGCGAGCAGUGCUGCCAAUACGCUGGAUGGCAUGGGAGAGCAUAUUACUGGGUAAGUUCACCACAGCUAGUGAUGUGUGGGCAUUUGGAGUGACUCUGUGGGAGAUCUUCACUUUAUGUAAGGAGCAGCCCUACAGCCUGCUGUCUGAUGAACAGGUGAUCGAGAACACCGGAGAGUUCUUCAGGAACCAGGGCAGACAGAUCUUUCUCUCCGCUCCGCCGCUCUGCCCGUCGUCCCUCUUCAAGCUGAUGAUGCGCUGCUGGAGUCGCGACAUCACGGACCGGCCAUCGUUUCACAAAUUGCAUCAGGCGCUGCGAAAUUUUGCACCCCAUUCGUGACCGACAUCUGCUCCACUGAAGCAGCCUGGAGGAAAACUGUUAUAGACAUAGAGCGGGAACAUUAUAGCCACAAUGUAGCGUCAUCACGGCAUCGUAAAUCCAGAGAGAUAUCUAGAGGUGAUGAGAUUUCACAAAAAAAGGCAUUCAAUAGCUCACUAAACAUUCAUCUCUAUUGAGACUCUUUAAAAAAUCCACUUGAGACACUUGAGAUUCAUUUUUUUUGUACUUUUCUUUGCUCUUUCUUUCUUUCAAGUACAGUUAGCUUUCUUUUCUCUCUCAUAAAUGUAUUUCUGUUCGUCAUUUUCCCAGAAAAACAGCAAGUCUUGAGCCUACUGUGUAUUCUAGGCGGAAAGAACCAGCUGGACGAAUGUCUUUGUCAAAACUGUGGUUUGUGUAUCGUUAAGCACUGCUGUCUUUUGGAUUUAUUUGUUCCUAAUUCACCCCCACACUGGAGUUUCUGUGUCUUUUUAUGAUAUUAAGUGUUUUGCUCUCUGAAUAUGAAUGUUUUUUUACAGGUUCUUAUGGAUACGGCUGGGUUGGAGACUUGCUCUGCCUGGAUCUAGCAGAACUACUGUUAUAGUUAGAUUAAAAACCCUUUCCGAGGAGAGGGUUGUAGAGCCAGCAAUGGACUGACGUGCAAUCGAAUGCACUGUUUCUUCUCCCGAUUCAUAAGAGGCCACUUUAAAGUUGAUAUGAAGCCAAAAUGGACCCUGUUUAAACACGUUUUCAUCCGUGCAUUUUUCCAAAGAACACAAUGCCAUUGAAGACUUGCUUGAAAAUGUAGGAUCAUUCUGCUGGGACACGUCAAAAUGUGUUUGGGGGUGAGUUUGACCAUCAUUCCCUACAUGCAGAUGUCAGAUCUUGUAUUGGAGUUAAAUUGAGUUAAAGGGGUAGUUGAAUGGUAACAGGUUUCCGGCUUUCUUUUAUAUAUCUUCCUUUGUGUUCAGCAAAUAGUUUGAAACAUGUAAAAGGGGAAUAAUGUUCAUUUUGGGGCAAACUAUCCUUUUAUUGGCAUUUCAUGUUUCAAAUCCCAGCAAUAUUGUUCACCACUAAAGCCAAAGAAUAUCAACAUUGUGGAGAUCCAUUUGAUUCUCGAUCUCUCUGCAUUAGGCACAUGUUUAUGGGGGAAUGUGUAUGCAAGGUUAAUAAUUUUUAAAGCACAUUUUUCUUUCUUUUUUUAACUCGAGCUGUGGUGAAAAAUUGAUUGUGCAUCGAUUCUGAGAUUUUCAAAAUGCAUUAAUAUUCUCUAAUGAAUGGAUUAAAUGGAUUGGAUUGGUGUGGAUUGAAUUGUUAAACUAGCCUAGAGUGCCACUUGUUUAAAACUAGUAUAGAACGUCGGCACCAGUGGUGUAGUGGUUAGUGUGUCGACACAUGCACUCUGGUGCUCACGGCGACCCAAGUUCGAUUCCGCCUCGCGGUCCUAUGCCGAUCCUUUUUCUGCUCCCCCUGCUUUCCUGUCAAUACUCUCUACUGUCCUAUCCAAUAAAGGUGAAAAACCCAAAAAAAUAACAAUAAAAAAAAACUAGUUCAAUUAUUUGAGCGUGCACGGAAGAUGUGAUUGAGUCGAAUUUCACGAUUCACAGCAAAUGCAUCCGACCUCUAUUUGCGGCUUUGCAUUGACUUUGAAUGUAGUUCACUAGUGCAAAUAUUUGCCGUGUGGUGUGAACCCAGCAUUAAAAACUAGCUAGAGUGCCCCCUGCUGUUAUGUUUAGGUGGAUCACCACUUUAUUUGCUCUAGUUUACUCACGGGAUGUUUUUCCCCUCACGCAAAUUUUUCACUUAAGUUCAGUAAUUUGAGCGUGCACGGAAGACGUGAUUGAGUCAAAUUUCAUGCAUUCGCAGCAAAUGCAUCCUACAUUCUGCAUAAUUCAUGAUGCGCUGUGGUUAUUCGCCUCCAUUUGCACCUUUGCUUUGAUUAGAUUUUUUUAUUUACUAGUGCUAAUAUUUGUCAUUUGGUGUGAACCAGCAUUAAAAACUAGCUAGAGCACCAUCUUCUGUUUUGCUAAUGAGUUGCACCACAUCAUUCACUCUAGAAACGAAAUGUUUUUCCCCUCGCUCAAAGUUCAAUUAUUUGAGUGUGCACGGAAGAUGUGAUUGAGUCGAAUUUCACGAUUCACAGCAAAUGCAUCCGACCUCUAUUUGCGGAUUUGCAUUGACUUUGAAUGUAGUUCACUAGUGCAAAUAUUUGCCGUGUGGUGUGAACCCAGCAUUAAAAACUAGCCUAGAGUGCCCCCUGCUGUUAUGUUUAGGCGGAGCACCACUUCAGUUGCUCUAGUUUACUCAUGGAAUGUUUUUCUUCUUACGCAAAUUUUUCACUUAAGUUCAAUAAUUUGAGCGUGCACGGAAAACGUGAUUGAGUCAAAUUUCAUGCAUUCGCAGAAAACGCAUCCUACAUUCUGCAUAAUUCAUGAUGCACUGUGGUUAUUCGCCUCCAUUUGCACCUUUGCUUUGAUUAGAUUUUUUUAAUUUACUAGUGCUAAUAUUUGUCGUUUGGUGUGAACCCAGCAUUAAAAACUAGCUAGAGUGCCAUCUGCUAUUAGAAGCUUGCCUAGAGCGCCAUCUUCAUUUUUGCUAAUGUGGAGCACCACAUCAUUCGCACUAGUUUACUCACGGGAUGUUUUUCCGCUCACGCAAAUUUCAAGUUUAAUUAUUUGAACGUGCACAGAAGACGUGGUUGACUUGAAUUUCACAAAAUUGCACCAAACACAUCCCAGCUCUAUUUGGGGCUUUGCAUUGACUUUGUAUGUAAUUUACUAGUGCAGAUAUUUUCCGUUUGGUGUGAACCCAGCAUUAAAAACUAGCUAGAAAACUAACCUAGAGCGCCAUCUGCUAUUAAAAACUAACCUAGAGCACCACCUGCUGUUAUGUUUAAGUGGAGCACCACAUCAUUUGCUCUAGUUUACUCAUGGGUUGUUUUUCCCCUCAUUCUCUCGAGUUCAAUAAUUGGAGCUUGCGCGGAAGACGUGAUUGAGUCAUUUGGUGUGAACCUAGCAUUAAAAACUAGCUUAAAGCGCCAUCUGCCGUUUUGGUAAUGAGUUGCACCACAUAAUUCACUCUAGAAACGCAAAUGUUUUUCCCCUUGCACAAAGUUCAAUUAUUUGAGCGUGCACAGAAGAUGUGAUUGAGUCGAAUUUCACGAUUCACAGCAAAUGCAUCCCACCUCUAUUUGCGGCUUUGCAUUUACUUGAUAUGUAAUUUACUAGUGCAAAUAUUUGCUGUUUGGUGUGAACCCAGCAUUAAAAACUAGCUAGAGCGCCACCUGUAUUAAAAACUAACCUGGAGCACCACCUGCUGUUAUGUUUAAGUGGAGCACCACAUCAUUUGCUCUAGAUUACUCAUGGGUUGUUGUUCCCCAAUGCAAGUUUUUCACUCGAGUUCAAUAAUUUGAGCUUGCGCGGAAGACGUGAUUGAGUCAUUUGGUGUGAACCCAGCAUUAAAAACUAGCUAGAGCACCAUCUGCUAUUAAAAACUAACCUAGAGUACCACCUGCUGUUAUGAUUAAGUUGAGCACCACAUCAUUUGCUCUAGUUUACUCAUGGGUUGUUGUUCCCUUAUGCAAGUUUUUCACUCGAGUUCAAUAAUUUGAGCUUGCGCGGAAGACGUGAUUGAGUCAUUUGGUGUGAACCCAGCAUUAAAAACUAGCUAGAGCACCAUCUGCUAUUAAAAACUAGCGUAGAGCACCACCUGCUGUUACGUUUAGGUAGAGCACAACAUAAUUUCCUCAGUUUACUCACAGGAUGUUUUUCCCCUCUCACAAAUUUCGUACUCUAGUUCAAUAAUUGAGGCAAAUUCUGUGCGUUCGCUGCAAUCGCGUCACUCAUUCCGCUUCAUGCGCAACGCAGUGCAAUAAUUCACCUCAAUUUGCACCUUCGCAUUGACUUUGCAUGUAAUUUACUUGCGUGAAUAUUUAAUUCGGCUUUUGGAGUGAACUCGGCAUUAAAAACAAUCUAGAGCGCCAUCUGCUGUUGAAAACUAGCCUAGCAUGUCAUCUGUUACUACAAACUAGCCUAAAGCGCUAUCCGCUGCUAAAAACUAGCCUAGAGCAGCACCUGCUGUUAAAAUCUAGCAUAGAGCGGCAUCUGCUGUUAGAAUCUAGCAUAGAGCGCCAUCUGCUGUUAAAAACUAAGCUCAGAAUCGAUUCAAGAGAGAAGAGCGACACAUUUAAAAAUCACGUAAUCGAUUUCUGGAACGAUUUUUCGCUACAGCUCUAUUUUUACCCACUUUAAUGAUUUAUAACAUGUCUUUAAUGUGUCAUUUAAUGUUUGUGAAUGAGUGUUGCACCACAAAGCAAUUUGGUGCACUGCGACAUUACUAAAAACGUCCGUCUUCGUCAAUCGGUGUACUAGCUUUGAGUCUUUUUUCUGUAGUUUGUGUUUACUGUAUUUCACAAAUCGUCUUCAAAUCUACAGGAAACGUUUUAUUAUUGUUUGGCUGCUGAAAGGUUUGGCUACGCGGGAUGUCAGAAGAGUCCUCUGAUAGCACUGGGGUAUCGAUUGAAUGUCUGUGGUAGGAAAGAAGCGCAACCACUAAAAACUCAAUCUCCCAGAAGCCUUUGCUGAAGUGAGCCCUGAGGCAAUUUCUGUUGUUACUGGACAGAGUUUGCUCUUCGAUACAUAUUUAGAGACCAAGAGUGCACAGUAGUGUGAAUGUGUGAGAUUGUGAGUGUUUUAUUUGUUUCAAAUGAAAUGAAAUGUACCUUCUUCUAUCAUGUAGUACUCAAUAACAGUCUUUCAUUCAAGUCUUUUAACUCUCUGUUUGUUUUUCAUGUACAUUACAUAAGCGGAGUAGAUACUGUAUGUAUAGUAAUAUAUUGGGGACUAAGGAAGACUUGUUUUCUAUCAUCUUCUUUCUUAUUUUCCAUAAUAAACAUCGAUUUUGCUGUA